AUGGCUGAGACUGACGAAAAGACUGAAGUCAAAGUCAUUGCGAACGAGACUUAUGACGCGGAGCUUCUUAGUCGUAUUGAGAACACGGCUGCUCUUCUAGGUAUCGAGCUGAAUAUUGAUGAGGUUCUGUUUGUUGCAAGCCGAAUCAAUGUUCGUCCUUGGCAAGAGGCUGUAGAGCUGCUCAAAGAGGCAUAUGAAUACCAUCAUGAUGACAUUAACAUUGAUUAUGAUGCCUUGAUGAGAAUGAAAAGGCUCUCUCUUGGUCCUGAGGGCUCUCCUGAUAUACCUGUUGAGGAGUUUGAGUUUGAAGCUUUGUUUGAGGCUGUUAUUGUGAGCGAUUGGUCUCCAUACGCGGAAGUUCGUGCUGCCACGAACUUCCUCAAUGACGAUCAUGAACCAGCUGAAACCAUCAGAAUGUAUAUUGUUGGUAUCUGUUAUGCUAAUGUUGGUGCUAUUGUGGCAACCUUCUUUGGUAAUCGUUUUCCUAGCAUCAGUUUAGGCUUCUUGUCCCUACAGUUAAUUAUUUAUCCUACUGGUAGGUUCCUUGCUUUUAUCCUUCCAGAUUGGGGUUUCAAAUGGGGUGGAAAGAGAUAUUCCCUUAACCCUGGUCCAUGGUCGUUUAAAGAGCAGAUGCUUGCAACUCAAAUGAUGAGUUCUGUUGAUGGAACACCCUUCUCGUUCACUGUCAUUACUUUGCAGAGAGCUACUCAGUUUUUUAAUGAAGAAUGGUCAAACAAUUAUGGUUACAUGGUUCUUCUUUCCCUUUCAGCCUCUUUCACAGGUUAUGGUAUUGCAGGCAUGCUUAGAGGCCUACUCGUGUACCCGGUUCGUUGUAUGUGGUAUACUGUUCUUCCUUUGCUUUCCAUGAAUCGUUCUUUGGUAAAAGUUGAAAUUAGAGAAAACGUUCACGGCUGGACCAUGACUAGAUAUACCUUCCUUCUUUUGUUUACCUUAGUAAGUUUCUGUUGGUUUUGGUUCCCUGAAUUUGUAUUCCAAGCUCUGUCAUACUUCAACUGGACGACAUGGAUUUCUCCACAAAAUAUUACAUUGGCAGCUGUAACUGGUGUAUAUAGUGGUUUGGGACUGAAUCCAAUCUCUACUUUUGAUUGGUCCGUUAUUGGAGGGGGCGGUAUGGUCACCCCUUUCUAUUCUUCUUAUGUUUCCUAUGUUGGCCAGCUUCUCGGUUUUAUAUGUAUUGUUGCUAUUUAUUUCUCGAAAUCCUACUACACCCACUAUCUGCCGAUUAAUGCAACGGGUGUUUAUGAUAACACUGGUGCCUCCUACAAUGUUUCUAGGAUUAUGACCCCUUCAGGUGGAUUUGAUGCUGAGGGAUAUGCCAACUAUUCACCCGCAUUCCUAAGUGCAGGUGCUCUAAUCAACUAUGGUGCCAGUUUUGCUAUUUUCACUUGUUCCAUUGUGUAUGCACUUCUUCAUUAUAGAACACCUAUGGCUGCUAGUUUCCGCUCGAUGUGGAUUUCUUUCAGAAGCGCCGAUAAAGCUAGAAAGCUGUAUACCGACCCUUUCACGAGAAAUUUGCAGGUUCACCCCGAGGUCCCGGAGUGGUGGUUUAUUCUGACAUUGGUCCUUUCUCUAGCGAUGUACAUUAUCAUGGUAGAAAUAUUCCCUCAUACCGACACACCAGUUUGGACUGUAUUCUUUGGUAUCCUCGUCAAUAUGGUCUUCAUUAUUCCUUUUGGUUUGUUAUAUGCUACUACCAAUGUCUUCCUUGACGUUGGUCUAAUCUUCCAGAUCUUUAUCGGUUACAUGCUUCCACAUAACGUCAAUGCAAUGAUGAUCAGCCAAUGUGUUGCCAACAACUUCUGGGAACAGGCUCAAAACUAUAUCACUAAUCAGAAGCAAACUCAUUAUGCUCGUAUCCCUUCUCGUGCUCUCUUUAGAGUUCAAUACACUGGUACCCUGAUCACCAUUUUCACCACAUUGGCGGUUCUCAAUUGGGAGUUCACUGGUAUUAAGGAUUACUGUGAUCCACACCAACCGCAAAAGUUUACUUGUUCUUCAGCAAGAGGUAGUUUCGGUUCAAUGGUGCUAUGGGGUACCCUGGGCCCACGGGUGUAUCUAAACGGUAUCUAUCCUAAGCUCAAGUGGUCUUUCUUGAUAGGAUGUUUCUUGCCCAUCCCCUUCUGGCUCUUACAAAAGAAGUGGCCAGACACAUGGAGAAGAUGGAAUAUUCUUGUAUUGCUCAGUGGCUUUUCUUCAUGGGCUCCUAGUAAUCUCUACUAUAGUACAGGCAACUUUUAUAUCGGAGCUUUGUUCAACUGGUACUUGAGAAAGUAUUAUUUGGGUUGGUGGAGAAAGUACAAUUACAUUCUGUAUGCUGCUUUGAAUACAGGUGUAGCUUGGGCUCAAAUUAUAGUAUUUUUCUCAACAGGCUACAAGCACCUUGUAAGCAUAAAUUGGUGGGGUAAUACAGUUUCCCAGGGGGGUGUUAAUGCUACUGGUUAUGAUUACAACGGUGUUCCGCUGUCUACUACCCCAGACAUUGGAUAUUUUGGUCCAGCACCUGGGACCUUUCCAGUUCCUGCGUAG